CCAAAUUCAGGCUAAUAUGCGGGAUUCUCUGAAAUCAAGGGAUCCACCCACCAACCGACGCCGACUUAGCUAUCAGGGCCCGAAAAUACCGACUGGAGGUCCAAAAAAUUUCCCCGUCUCUGGUUCUCCCUCGUCCCUACUCCCUACUCCAUCUCCACGGAAUUCGUAUAACCAAAGAAAACCAAGCUCCUCAAAAACAACUCCACCAACCCACAUAUAAUAAAAAAGGAAAAAGUCUGAAUCUGCUUCCUACUCAAAGCUCUCCUCUUUCUCCCACAAAUCCAAACAACCGAAAGCAACCCCAUAACAGAAACCAACACACAGCUUUAAUUUGAAUUGAUAGAAAAACCAAACAUCCAACUUAAACACACUACAAAACCAACUACUACCUCUCCAUCUCCAUAUCUUCCUCGAUUGCCCCUCUCUCUCUCUGUCUCAUAGUAGGAAGGAACACAGAAGGGAGCCAAAUGAAGCUCUCUCAGCAGCAAAACUGCAACACUCGCAGAAACAACAGCUUCAGAACAACUGGUCCGCUUGACUCUUCCGUCGACAGCGCAUUUAAACCUCUGGCGUCAUUCUUCUGGGUCGUUCUCCACGGUCUCUGCUGCCUCAUCAGCCUCGUUUUGGGUUUCAGGUUCUCUCGUCUUAUUUUCUUUCUCCUCUUCUCUACUAAUACCACCUCCACCACUAAUCACUAUACCGUACCGGCGCUACUCCGGACCACUAGUGAUGCCACCCAAACCCUAACCCUUCAGACCCCUCCGGUCUUGAUUACUGACACGCCAUCGAACCGAACAAACCCUGCCACUACCAGCAGCCGCGUUGUCGUCGGCCGUCACGGGAUCUUGAUCCGUCCAUGGCCACAUCCCAAUCCCAUCGAGGUUAUGAAGGCGCAUCGUAUUAUUGAAAGAGUUCAGAGAGAGCAGCGGCUUCAGUAUGGGGUUAAGAACCCAAGACCCCUGAUAAUUGUUACCCCCACCUAUAUCCGGACUUUUCAAACCCUGCACCUGACCGGCCUCAUGCACUCGCUGAUGCUCGUCCCCUACGAUCUCACUUGGAUCGUCGUCGAAGCCGGAGGAACCACCAAGGAGACCGCUGCUCUUCUCGAGAAGUCAGGACUUCGUACUAUCCACAUUGGAUUCGAGGAGAGGAUGCCAAUAACGUGGGAAGCUCGACAUCGGAUGGAAACUCGGAUGCGCCUUCGUGCGCUGAGAGUCGUGAGAGAGCAGAGAUUGGACGGAAUUGUGAUGUUUGCAGAUGAUGGUAACACGCAUAGUAUGGAAUUGUUUGACGAGAUCCAAUCGGUUAAAUGGAUUGGUGCCCUUUCUGUUGGAAUUCUUGCUCAUUCUGGGAAUUCAGAUGAGUCAUCCUCAUUGCUUCAAAAGCAGGAGGAUGAGGAGAACUUGCCGUUGCCUGUUCAAGGCCCGGCUUGUAAUUCGUCCGGUCAGUUGGUUGGUUGGCACACUUUCAAUUCUCUGCCGUAUGUAGAGAAAAGUGCGACUUACAUUGAUGACAGGGCAAUAGUACUUCCUAGGAAGCUGGAAUGGGCUGGGUUUGUUUUGAACUCGAAGUUGGUUUGGAAGGACAUUGAGGAUAAACCAGAGUGGGUAAAGGAUCUAGAUAAACUGGUUGCAGAUGAAGAGGACCUCGACAGUCCACUCUCUCUUUUGGAGGACACUUCUGUUGUCGAGCCUCUUGGGAAUUGUGGGCGCAAGAUUUUGCUAUGGUGGCUCCGUGUUGAGGCUCGUGCAGACAGCAAGUUCCCUCCUGGAUGGAUAAUUGACCCUCCCUUGGACAUCACUGUCCCUGCAAAACGAACACCGUGGCCAGAUGCACCUCCAGAACUCCCAUCUAAUGAAAAUGUGAGUGGCGCUCAAGAGCGCAGAGAGAAACCUUCCUCCAAGACAGGCCGAGUCUCCCGGGCAAGACAUUCACGUAGUAAGAGGAGGCGUGAAUCAAGAAUAGCAGAUUCGCAAGUUUCUGGGAGGCAUGCUGAAGAGAAGUGAAGACCUGAAAGCUAAAAUAUUCCAAUUUCCAAGAUCCAAGUGCUGUUGUUUGCCCUACAUGAAGUUGGGACCAGGACCCUUGGGCCUCUGUUUUUGAAAAUUCUCAGAAAAAAAAAAAAAUCUUCAAGGGAGAUGGUCUUCUUACUGGGCAACAUACAUGAUACAUACACUGGAAGGCAUUUAAUGCAGUUGGCCGUGUUCUUGUUCUGCUGGGUUUUUCCUUCAAAGUAUGAAUUUUUAGAGUUGAGUUUAUUUGUAUUUGGGUGAUAUGAUGUUAUUUUGUAGCCAAAGGUGGUGCGUUUCAUCAUCCGAUUUCAAUCAUGAAUCAACAUCGGCUGCAUCCAUUGCCUCUAGUUAAACUUGUACUUCAUAUUUUUGAAUUUUGUACAAAUUUUUUCACAUGAACUUGUUGAUUUCUA